UUUCGUCGCCUCUAAUCACAGUGAAUGAUUAUUAAUUAGCCAGCUGAGGCUUGUAGACAUUGGAAUGGCUUGAGGAUUAAAUACCAAGUAGUUAAACUACCACAGCCGGGCGGAUCAUCGCCGGGCUGGGAUGUGAAGUAACGGCGGAGGCAGCAUCGCCACUUGUGACUUUUUUUCUGGGAACGAUUCAGUCCAUCCGCAAAGCUACACAGAACAAUGAAGUGCCAUGUCCAGUGCAGCCGCCCACCGCAGGAUAUCACGGUGCUCGUUUCACCACCCUUAGCUGCCUCUUAAAGAUUAUCACCAGUGUAUAAACGGGCCUGUCUACUGUCAGGGCUCUGGUGGACCAGACGUGAGGAGAGAGGCCAGCUGGAAGUCUGCUCUGACUCCAGCAGCAGCCAUGGAGGAGGAGGUGAGCAUGGAGUAUUUACUGGAGCAGGUGAUGCACAACGACGUGGGGAAGAGGCUCCAGGUGGGCCAGGAGGUCACAGAGCUCAUCCUGGACGGGGAGAAGUCCCCCGAGCUGGAGCAGGACCAGACCACGCUGGACAGGAUGGUGGAGGCGGUGGCCAGCUCCUGGGUCAACUCCAGCAACUUCAAGGUGGUUUUGCUGGGGAUGGAUAUUCUGUCGGCUCUGGUCAGCAGACUGCAGGAGAGGUUCAGGACGCAGGUUGGAACAGUUCUGCCCAGUCUCAUAGACCGACUGGGAGACGCCAAGGACCAAGUUCGAGACCAGGACCAAGCACUUCUGCUGAAGAUCAUGGACCAGGCAGCGAACCCACAGUAUGUGUGGGAGCGAAUGAUGGGAGGCUUCAAACAUAAGAACAACAGGACCAGAGAGGGACUCUGCCUCUGUCUCAUCUCCACCUUAAAUGUCUUCGGAUCUCAGAGUCUGACUCUCAGUAAAAUAGUUCCUCACAUCUGUCACCUCCUCGGAGAUCCCACAAGUCAGGUGCGUGACGGAGCCAUGACCUGCCUCGUAGAGAUCUACCGCCAUGUUGGAGAGCGAGUGCGGAUGGACCUGGGGAAGAAGGGUCUGCCUCAGUCACGGCUCAACGUCAUCUUCAGUAAAUUUGACGAAGUUCAGAGGUCAGGGAACAUGGUCCCGUCACCUGUGUCAGACAAAAACUUUGAGGACGAUGACUCGGUGGACGGCGGCCGCUCCUCGUCCUCGUCCAAAGGAGCCUCGCUGUCCGGGAAGACGAUGGUGAGCAUGGGGUCGUUCCGACGCCCCGCCUCCGCCACCAGCGCCAAGUCUGCAGGGAGGGACAAGUCCGGUGCUGGAGCCGUGGACGAGGAGGACUUCAUCCAGGCCUUUGAGGAUGUUCCCACAGUGCAAAUCUACUCGAACAGGGAGGUGGAGGAGGCCAUGACGAAGAUCAGAGACGUGCUGUCAGACGACAAGAAGGACUGGGAGCUCAGAGUGGCGGCGCUGAAGAAGGUGCGUUCGCUGCUCCUCGCCGGCGCAGCCGAGUUUGACGGCUUCCUGCAGCAGCUGAGGCUCAUGGAGGCGGCGUUCAAACUCUCCGCCAAGGACCUCCGCUCCCAGGUGGUGCGAGAGGCCUGCAUCACUCUGGGACACCUGUCGCUGGUGCUCGGCGUUCGCUUCGACCACGCAGCAGAGGCCGUCAUGCCGACCCUCCUCAACCUGGUCCCCAACAGUGCCAAAGUCAUAGCCACGUCCGGCGUGGCCGCCAUCCGCCUCAUCCUGCGACACACACACUUCCCACGGCUCAUCCCCAUCAUCACCAGCAACUGUACCUCCAAGUCUGUGGCCGUGAGGAGACGCUGCUUCGAGUUCCUGGACCUGCUGCUGCAGGAGUGGCAGAGCAGCUCUCUGCAGAGACACGGCACAGUUCUGAUGGAAACCAUAAAGAAAGGAGUCCACGACGCAGACGCCGAGGCUCGCUCUGUGGCCAGGAAGUGUUACUGGAGCUUCCACAGUCACUUCAGCCGGGAGGCGGAGCAUCUGUUCCAGGGCCUGGAGGCGUCCUAUCAGAAAGCUCUGCAGGCUCACCUGAGGAGCGGAGACAGUCUGAUGUCGCUGCCCACCUCCGACCGCUCCUCCUCCUCCUCCCAGGAGAGCCUCAAUCGACCUCUGUCAGUGAAAAGCUCGGCUGGAAGCGGCUCGUCCAGAUCCAAACCUGGCCACGCCUCCAGGACGCCCGCAGCAGCCUCCUCUCAAGGCUCCCUGCAGCGUUCUCGCAGCGACGUGGACGUCAACGCCGCGGCCACCGCCACCGCCCGCACCAGGAUGCCCGCCGUGCCCUCCGCCGUGCCGUCAGCUUCUCCCUUCAGCUCGGCCUCGGCCCUCCCCCCCGGAUCCUACGCCUCUCUGGGUCGAGUCCGAACCCGGAGGACGAGUGCAGGAAACGGUCCGUCUGUGACAGACAGCCGUGGGCGGAGCCGAGGGAAAGUUGUCUCGCAGUCUCAACCCGGGAGUCGGUCAGGUUCUCCAGGACGAUUGCUGACCUCCACCUACGGCAGAGUCCCCAGACCGACGAUGGGCACCGCCGCCGCCGCCGCCAACAGCACCUCCACCAGUCUGACCGACAAGAGCCGACCCCGAGGUCACCGCAGCCAGGGCUGCAGCCGAGAGACCAGCCCCACCAGAUCAGACCGCCUGUCCCAUCAGGCUCGGAUCUCGGCCUCCGUCAACGCCAUGAGGAUCCUCAACACCGGCACGGAGGUGGAGGCCGCUGUGGCAGACGCUCUGCUGUUAGGAGACUCCAGGAGUAAGCGGAGGCCGGUGAGGCGGCGAUUCGAGUCGCCGGGCAUGUACUCGGACGACGACGCCAACAGCGACGCCUCCAGCGCCUGCUCGGAGCGCUCCUACAGCUCGCGCAACGGCGGGAUGGCGCCGCACUACCUGCGUCAGACGGAGGACGUGGCCGAGGUGCUGAACCACUGCGCCAGCGCCAACUGGUCGGAGAGGAAGGAGGGGCUGCUGGGACUGCAGAACCUGCUGAAGAGCCAGAGGAUGCUCAGUCGGGUGGAGCUGAAGAGACUUUGUGAGAUCUUCACCAGGAUGUUUGCGGACCCUCACAGCAAGAGAGUCUUCAGCAUGUUCCUGGAGACUCUGGUGGACUUCAUCAUCCUGCACAGGGACGACCUGCAGGACUGGCUGUUCGUGCUGCUCACCCAGCUGCUGAAGAAGAUGGGGGCCGACCUCCUGGGCUCCGUCCAGGCCAAAGUCCAGAAGGCGCUGGACGUCACCAGAGAGUCUUUCCCGUACGAGCAGCAGUUCAACAUCCUGAUGCGCUUCAUCGUGGAUCAGACGCAGACGCCCAACCUGAAGGUGAAGGUCGCCAUCCUGCGCUACAUCGAGGCUCUGGCUCGCCAGAUGGACCCGGCCGACUUCGUCAACUCCAGCGAGACGCGCCUCGCCGUCUCCCGCAUCAUCACCUGGACCACCGAGCCCAAGAGCUCCGACGUCCGCAAGACCCUCCAUAACUGGGCGGGGGAGGAUUUCUCAGGCCGACCCGGCACCGUGGCCUCUCUGCCCGGGGAGGGCAACCUGGAGGAGAGGUGCAAGCAGGCGGCCCAGGUGGUGCUGAUCGCCCUGUUUGAGCUCAACACACCUGAGUUCACGAUGCUGCUGGGAGCUCUGCCCAAAACCUUCCAGGACGGGACGACCAAGCUGCUGCACAACCACCUGAGGAACGCCAGCGCCAACAGCGGCAUCGUCAUGGCGUCUCCCAGUAACUCGGCCGGUCGGACGCCUCCUCGUCCGCCGAGCAGCCGCAGCAGCCCUCUGACCUCGCCCACCAACUGCUCCCAUGGAGGGCUUUCUCCCAGCAUGCUGGAGUACGACAGUGAGAACCUGAACUCAGAGGAGAUCUACAGCUCCCUGCGCGGCGUCACCGAGGCCAUCCAGAACUACAGCUUCCGCAGCCAGGAGGACCUGAUGGAGCCGCUGAGGCGGGACGGCAAGAGGGACGGCUCGUCCGGAGUCGCGGCGUCCUCAGACUCCGACCCUCGGCUCGGCGGUGAUGUGACGGAGGGCGGACGCACGGCCCUGGACAACAAGACGUCACUCCUGAACACUCCCUCGCCGCGAUCCUUCGCCGGGCCGCGCCUCCGCGACUACAACCCGUACAACUACACCGACACGCUGGACAAAGCCGCCCUGAAGGAGGCGCUGUACGAGGACGCCGUGGAGCAGCUGCGAGACGGUCGUCGACAAGAGAGCGUGGAAAACAAGAUCCUGAGCCCCAAAAGUUUCCCUGCGGGCCCCGCCGAGCAGCUGGAGCUGGUCGGGGAGCUGCUGAAGGAGCUGUCCCAGGGCCAGGCGGGGGAGCGGGGCCCCGAGGAGCGACGGGGGACCCUGCUGGAGCUGCUGAAGGUGGCCCGCGAGGACAGCCUGGUGGUCUGGGAGGAGCACUUCAAGACCAUGCUGCUGCUGCUGCUGGAGACGCUGGGGGACAAAGACCACACCAUCCGCGCUCUGGCCCUGCGAGUCCUGAAGGAGAUCCUGAGGAACCAGCCGGCCCGCUUCAAGAACUACGCCGAGCUCACCAUCAUGAAGGCGCUGGAGGCUCACAAGGACUCGCACAAGGAGGUGGUGCGGGCGGCGGAGGAGGCAGCGUCCACGCUGGCGAGCUCCAUCCACCCGGAUCAGUGCAUCAAGGUCCUGUGUCCCAUCGUGCAGACGGCCGACUACCCCAUCAACCUGGCCGCCAUUAAGAUGCAGACCAGGGCCAUUGAACGCAUCACCAAGGAGCCGCUGCACCAGCUGCUGCCGGACAUCAUACCUGGACUCCUGCAGGGCUACGACAACACAGAGAGCAGCGUGAGGAAGGCCAGCGUCUUCUGCCUGGUCGCCAUCUACUCUGUGAUCGGAGAGGAGCUGAAGCCGUACCUGGCUCAGCUGACCGGCAGCAAGAUGAAGCUGCUCAACCUGUACAUCAAGAGGGCGCAGACCUCCACCAGCAACAGCAGCAGCUCCUCCGACAUCUCCUCCUACUAACGCCGAGCUUCCCGCCUCAUUCCACCCGCUGAUCUGACGUCACUGGGAUCAGGAUUAUUUACAUUAUUAGGACCAGGACCGGGACCAGGACCGGGACCAGGACCAGGACCAGGCCCCAGCGCCCAAAACUAUUUCAUUCUUGAGGAGCUCGUGCCGCCGCAGCUCCAGUUUCCGGACCAUUUUCCCGCCAUCUUGAAAGCUUAGAUCAUCUUCUGGGAGGUAAGGUGAUCCUGGCAGCUACGACGUUUCAUAGAGACCAGGUCCUGAACCUGAACCUCCACACUUCCCCUUAGAGUCAUGAGCCUUAAGUCUUCAUCCUCCGUCGACGAACGGUGGAAGAACCCGUUCUCCAGAACAUCUCCUCCUCCCGCUCGCUCCUCGAGGCGCCAUCACGUUGUGGAUUUAAGGUGGAGCUGAGAAAAGUUUGUGAACGUCGUCGUAGCAUCGAGACCGUCGUCUUAAAGGAGAGUUUCAGUGUUUUUAUUCAUUUUAGAACCUUUUAAUCAAACUGUUAAUUUGCUUUGACACAUCAAACUUUCUCGUAUAUUGAAUGUAAAGAGCUUUGAACGCGCGUGGAUCUCACCUGUGUUUCUCCUUCCUGAACUGCUGCCUCGUCGCACCUGGUGGAUCAGUCCGAGAGGAGUCGCAACAUUUUCCAGUUUCUAAUCCUGCGUUUGGUGAAUUUUGAGCUUUUAGAGAAAAGUGGCACAAAAGUCUUUUAAAGGCUGAAUUCAAGGGUCCAUCUGAAGAGUCACAUGUCCAGCAUCAUGAGCUUUGAUUGGCCGACACCGAGCACACAGAGGACCGUGUCCGCUCUUCACAAUGUGAAAUCACGUUUAUAUGAGACGAUCAUUUGGCUGGCCAAUGAUUUUAAACACUACAGAGAUUAAAGAGAAGAAGAAGAAGCAGCAGAAGAUUUCAGUGUUGUUAUAAAAACUAAAUCAGUUUCUACCUGUGAAGGAAAGAAGAACUUUAUUCCAUCUGUGUGAAACUCAUCAGCUCAAUUUCCAUUUAAAAAAUCAAUGAUCAAUAAUUCAUGUUUCCUUCCUGGAUUGAAAAAUGUAAAAACUGAAACGGGAGUUUUUCCACAGAUAAACAUCAUCUGAUUCUGAAAUUAGAAAUGAAAUUGAUUCAAUCAGCUGCAGGAAGUUGAAACAAAAAUCAAUCACAACAAACAAGAAAAGAAAAUGUUUCCACUUUUCUAACAGAGUGGUCCCUCUCUCUGGAUAAAUGGAAAAGGAAACUGAGGAGUUUGACAUGGACCGUAUUUCUCAUCAUAUAUAUCUGAAUUGAUACGUUGGGCUUUAAUGUGAGGAAGUAAAAGGUCACAGAGGAAGUAACAGUAUUAACACUUUAGGAGAAUUAAAGCAAACCACUGAAUCGACAGCAGCUGCCUUUUCCUGACGGAUGUGAAUCAUAAAGUCCAGCUCUGCUGUCACGUCAAGACUACUGUGAUUUAUUAGUUUCAUUCCAAAAUACUUUAAUAUAUAAAUAUAUAUGUUACACUAAAAGAUGAUCUGAAGUUCAGGAUGAAGGUCUAAAACAGUAUCAGUAUUUAAAUUGAUGACAAAGUGUCGUCAGUGUGAAGAAGCUCCUCUGUAUCAGCUGAUCCUAAAUUGAAUGUAAGUCACUGUAAGACUUUUAAAAUGUGAAAUAUUUGAGCAAACGACAAACAGGCGACAGUUAAUCUGACAAUCUGAACCAGUAGAUGCUACUGAAGGUUAGCGACACGGCUAAUCGAUGAGCUGUAAAGUGCCAGCGUUGAAAAUGACAUCAGCAAUAAAGUGAGAAACCAGCCCGGAUGUUGAGGUGUCAGAUUCCACUGCUGGUCCAAGAACACACCUUUUUAUUUUUAAAGUGCACCUAUAAUGAAGCGUCACUGCUGCUUAUUCUAACACUAACAAACGCACCUAAUAACUCCAGUCUGUACUGCUCUCAGCAGGAAGUUCGACUCCUGACUCCUUCAGCUUUCCUGGUGCUAAACUCCGCCCGUCUGCCGCGCCAGGCAAGUCCAAACAAACGCUCCAGAGGAGGUUUAAGUCCAGGACGAGUUUGACAUUUUGGGAAAUGCACUAGUUUGUUUUUUAUGUCAUAUUUCAUCUUUUCUUCUCAUCUGAUUAAAAAGCAAAUAAACAACAACAUUUCCCAAAAUGUAGAAAGCUGUGUUGACGGGACGAGAGCCCAGAGCGUGAAGGUGAAUAUUUCCAGGCCUUACUUUAUCUCCGAACACUGGGACUGUUAAAUGUACUGUAGCGGUGCCAGUGUCGUCUCUCUGGACUGAAUGUUUCCUCCAGAGUCGAUGAAGUCCUCCGCAGCGUGUCGUCCGGUCCCGGUGACCCAGUGUUAUCCCCUCUGAACUCAUGUCCCUUUACUCUUUUGUACAGUGUGAGUCAAACCGUCUGAAGUCCGUCUGCAUGCGUCCCUCACAGGAACCGUAGGAUAUUUCUCCCUGUGUUAGUUUGACAGAAGCAGUCGAGCUAAAUCUCCAACUUUAAACAUGUACCUUUGAUUUCCUGAAUGUGUGCCUUUGGGUCAAGAUUUCUGGCAAUAUACCUGGUUGUCCUGUACAUUACUAACCUGUACUAACACUACACCACACUGCUUCUUAAUGUGACAACACAGUUUUAAUGAAGAGAUGCAGUGCUGUAAAUACGCCUCAAUAUUUUCCAUUGAAACCACUCACAGUGCAUGGCUCCUGUUUUUCUAGGUUAUUAGUUUUAUUUCAUGCUUUACAAUAUUUAUAUUCAGUUUUAUUUCCCUGUGUAUGACUGUAUAUAUUUACAUGUUUGGUUCCUUUCACCUGUGAUAGACUUUCAGAACAUGAAAUAAACUACCAGACUUCUA